AUGUCUGGACCGAUUGAAAAGUUAAUAAUUUCCGAUACGAUAAAUAAAUUCGAUGGAAGCGGAGAUAUUUCUCAUCUUCAAUAUAAUAAUCUGCUUAGUUUAAUAUACGAAAAUUUAAAACAUAUUGGGGAUAUAAAAAUUGAAAAGCAGCUUUUAAUUUACCCAUCUGAAGAAGCAAUAAAACAAUAUAAUGGAAUAAAUAUAUGUCCUGAAUAUUGGUGUGAUCUUGUAUUAAAUCAACGUGGUGUGAAUGUUGUUAUAACAAGAUUUAACAAAAAUAACGCUUUUAUUGCCAAAUCGCUUAAAAUAAGAGUUGGAGAACUUAAACCUAGAAUUCUGGAUGUCUUAAAGUAG